UGACAUUAAACGAUCGAAAAGCGUUCAAAGCACCAAAGCAAAAUGCGUGUUCUCCUCAUCCUCUCCGUUGUCCUGGCCGUGAUCCUCGGCUGCCACGCCUACAGUGCCACCUGGGGCCGCAGGAACUCCAACGACUACCUGCUGUCCCGCACCACCGAAGCCCGCAAUCCGAUCAAGAACAACUACUGGAACGUGAACGUGAACUACCCCACUGGCUACUACAACAUCUCGAUUGUGUACGUCUACGACAACUUCAAGAACAACUCCGGAGCAAGUCCCAGUUUGUACUCCGGUGGUCCAGGAUAUCGAUUUGCCACCGUGAACCUCCGUGGUCAGGUCAACCGCGGCAUCAACUCCACCGUCGAGAUCUGGGGACGCUAAGCAAGAAAGGAAAUAACGAAUCUACUCUAAACAAAUAAAACACUUUGCAAUUUAA